AAAGCCAGCCUCUGCUCCAGCCGGUCUGAGGGCAUAGGGAACCAUCUGUCCACUCUGUGGAUAACUGACAACAAAGGGGGCAAACAUCGAAGAGGGACAACAAACCAAAAGGCUGUUCAUUUAGAAGAAAACUGAAAUAAAGGAGAGGAACAAGUGUUGUGUUCAUAAGGCUUUAACUUAUAUACUUCAAAAACACAACAUGUCUGACAAAGAAGAAAUGGUUUUGGAUGGGAACAUGAAUGUUACUCUGACCCUGAGGCUGCUGAUGCAUGGAAAGGAAGUUGGCAGCAUAAUUGGGAAGAAAGGAGAAACAGUCAAGAAGAUGAGGGAGGAGAGCGGUGCGCGAAUCAACAUAUCAGAGGGAUCAUCUCCUGAAAGAAUAGUCACCAUCACAGGACCCACGGAGGGAAUCUUCAGAGCUUUCUCCAUGAUCGCACAGAAGUUUGAGGAGGAUAUUGCUGCAGCGAUGACAAACAGCAACGUGACAAGCAAGCCACCUGUGACACUUCGCCUGGUUUUCCCAGGAAGCCAGUGUGGUUCACUGAUUGGAAAAGGCGGCUCAAAGAUCAAAGAGAUCAGAGAGACCACAGGCGCUCAGGUUCAGGUGGCAGGAGACAUGCUGCCGGACUCCACAGAGAGGGCUGUCACAAUCUCCGGCACUCCACAGGCCAUUACUCAGUGUGUAAGACACAUCUGCUCUGUCAUGCUGGAGUCUCCUCCAAAAGGAGCAACAAUUCCUUACCGUCCCAAGGCCAUACCUGCUGGAGCCCACGCAGUCCUAGCACCGCAGCACUCUGCACAAGCCUUUGCAAUUCCAGGGCAGUAUGCUUUUGCACAUCAAGAUUUGACCAAGCUUCACCAGUUGGCUAUGCAGCAUAUCCCCCUCCCUUCCCUUGGGCAGAGCAACCCUACCUUCCCUGGAUUGGAUGCAUCUGCCCCCACAAGUUCACAGGAGCUGGCAAUACCUAAUGAUUUUAUUGGCUGUAUAAUUGGAAGACAAGGCAGCAAGAUCAAUGAGAUUCGCCAGGUCUCUGGAGCUCACAUCAAAAUUGCCAGCGCCACUGAUGGCUCAGCCAUGCGCCAAGUCACGAUCACAGGCUCGCCGGCCAGCAUCAGCGUGGCCCAGUACCUCAUCAAUGCCAGCUUAGAGUUGGCUAAAUACACCAUGCAGGCUGCUUCCUCUGCGACCCCCGUUGACCUCAACAUGAGCUUCUCUCAGUCUGCUCCCACUGCCUCCGCUGCUGCUACCUCUAUGGCUGUCUUGGCGGCCGCAUCCCAAGCCCCCACCAUUAAUGUCCACUCUCCCUCCACCUUAUCAGCCAUCCAAAACCCACACUACGCCGUCCCUGUUUCCAGCCUGCUUGGCAUGAAAACUCUCCCUGUCCUGGCUGUCCACCCAGCAGCUGCUUCCAGCCUAGCACAGGGUUUAUCUCCUUACACUGCAAAAAUGUCAACCGCUGGCAUCAAAAAAUCUGAGAGGCAGAAGUUUGCUCCUUAUUGAUGCCAGUGUAGCUGACAGGUAAACCAUUAUUAAUGGAUGAGAAAUUAUUUAAACCUUGGCUAUAAACUGGGCUAAAGUAGCUUAUGCUGGUGUGUGUAGGUUUUUCCAGUGUAGCACUUCUUCCCAGGAAACCAGAACGAUUUUAGAAACAGACUCAAAGGGUGUUCGAACAUGUCCUCAGUUAUUAAAACAGGUAUUAGUGUGAAUUUAACUCAGUGGUAUCCUAUGUAUUGGGAGAACAGUGCAUGAGUGUAAGACAGGCUGUGUAAGUAUUAAUGUUACAGAGCUUUAUAUGAAGACUUCCUCCUGCAGAGGUUUUUUCUAUGAUGCAAAUACUGACUUAGUUUUCUAUCUGUGCACAGAGUAUUUUCCAGAUAAUGCAAAGUAGUGUGAUUAGACGUUGUGUUUUGUUGGCAGCAGGCUGUUUGAUUGUUUGUUUUGUACAAUAGAAGUCAGAGUGUAUAGAUGUUCUUUUUUUUAACAAGGAUUGCCCCACUCUCCUGUCAACUUAACCUUUCCAUCACUAUAGGCUCUCAUCAACGCUAACAGGCUUGGGUGUUCUGUAGUAGCGUUGCACUGUAGCAGUUCUGAUGGGAUUAUCCUAAACCCACAUUGGAUUCUAGUGGAUUUCUCUCUACACAGUAAUCCUGUAAGGCAGGAAAGGCCUUACAAACUCAUUUAUUGUUUCUGUACACCAGCUUCUUUCUUGUUUAUUCUUCAACUUAAGCGAGUGGAAUGCUUUGACUUUCAGCGGCGGAAAUUGUCGCUGAGCAAUUAUUGUCAUAAAUGUUUUAUUCAUGUUCCUUGUGUGGGUCUGCUCCCAAUUGAUGAAAAUUGUUAUAUUUGUUGAUGA